AUGUCUCUUGACCAAGCAAUGAGCUGGUGCCCUGACAGGAGGGAGGCAGGCAGGUCUAAAUUUCAAUUGCCCAUCUACAAGAACAAGAACAAACAUGGCCUGCCUGGGGCCAAGCAAAAGGAAUGGGCACAGUGCAAGCUCAAGCACAAUUUGAACUGCUUGCAACAUGCCAAAGCUGCCAAGCUGCUUGACAUCACAGAACAAGCAUGGAUCCAGACACUUGACGAGAUCUCCAUUGACACAGGGAUCUCCAAGAACAUCUUGAAUGCAAACAUAAAGGGGAGGAAGGCUGGCUACUUUGACAACAAGUGCGGCAUGAGCUUGCACAAUGCAGCCAAGCAUCUGCUUGCUGAAGAGGCUUGGGCAAGAGGUGACAUCUUCUACUGGGCCUUGCCCAAGAACCAGCACAUCAUCAACUCCAAGGUGGAAUGGCUUUGUGGCCAUCCAGAAGCUGCUCUCUCCAUAGAGCAAUUGAUCUUGGCCAAGCAGGGGAACAAGCAUCUUCAAGUCCGGAUCCCUGCCCAUGCUCAUCUUGCCAACACUGUCCUCAUUCAAGAUACAUUUGAGAAAGAGGCAAGAGGCCAUGCUUGUGGCUUUGUUGUGCAGGGCAACAUCAAGGACCACGCCAAGCUGCACUUCUUUGGGGAUGAACUUUGCAAGCAGUUCUUCAAGGAGAUUAUUGGUUACCCCAUCUUGCAGAUUGCCAUGGGCUUGGAGGCAUACUGUACAAGCAGAGGCACUCAAGGCAAGUACAUCUGA